CCUGAAUACAGCUGUGUCGGUGAUCCCUCUGUCCAACAAAACAAUUUAAAAGCCCAUAGUAUGGUUAAUAAUUCAAGUUCUGCUAUGCAAAUAGACCUCACAAGCAGUGAUGAUUAUCAUAGUCAGCAAAGGGACUUAGGAGUUCAUCCCACUAUUCAAAUUACUCAAAAGCCUUUGUAUUCAGCCACCCAAACCUCUGAAAACAAUAUACCUCGCCUGGUCCCAGGUGGUCAACCAUGGAUUUCUAGAAGGUAUGAUCAAUUAAAUGUCAGCAACAGAAUCAAUAAGCCAACUCCAAUUAGUCGUUACCCCCAAAAUUCUGCUGCCUCAAUUUCUAGAACCAUACCUGAUCAGUAUCUUGUUGAUCAGCCUUGUUUACAUAAUGGCAGUAAUCAGGAGUCGAUUCAUCAGUUAGCGCAUGGGCAAGUCAACUCCGAUGCUUCCAAUAAGAAUAUGAUUAACAACACCAAUGCAUUAAACUGCAACCCAAGUCCCCACAGGCACAGUCCAUCUAUUGAUGUCAAUUCUACUGAAUCUAGAGUAACUCACCACCCACCUAGUCCAUCCAACUCACGUGAUCAAUCAACUAUGAUUAGAGAUAGGCAUCAACCACCUAUGCCACCUCACCGUACCAAGAUUUCUAUAUUGGGAGACUCAAUGAUAAAGCGUGUUCAAUCUCGGCAAAUUCGGCGGGCCGUGAGUACUAGUAAAUCUGUCUACAUCCGCUCUUUUCCGGGUUCAAAAUCUUUAGAUAUGACAGACUUUGCAAGACCAACUAUGAGGGACAACCCGGACCACAUUAUAAUACAUAUUGGUACAAAUGAUGUACGCCAAAGUAAUCCAGAAGAUGUCAUUAGAAAUGUUGAAAACUUGUGCAAUCAGAUCAAAGACCAAUGUCCCCGUACUACCAUAUCACUAUCGGAACUGAUUGUUCGCAAUGACUUUCCUGAUGCUACUACUAAGAUCAGCAAAAUUAAUAAUGAACUGCUAUGCCUUAGUAGAUCUAAAGGCUAUUAUCUAAUUAAUAAUUCAAACAUCAGUGUGCAAAAUCUAGAUAGAUAUGGCCUUCAUUUAAAUGGUAGUGGUGUGGACACUCUUACUAACAACUUUAUAAAUCAUAUUAAUUGUUUUUAGCGACACUCAAUUAGUCACUUUCUCCUACCUCAAUUGCUGCAAUGACAACGACAUUGCUGACCUGCUCUCGUCCAAUGUUAACGAUUCCUCUUUUACUAUUCGUGAUGAAACCUUGUCCGAUAAAGACCCUCUCUCAGUAAUUCCACGAAAGGCCUAACAUUUUUUUAUCUAAAUAUCCAGGCCUUUACAAACAAAUUUGAUGCUGUGAAACUCUUAAUUUUAAAUUCCACAAUCAGUCGACAAAAAAGCAAUAUAAUCUUCUGUUUCGCAGAAACGCAUCUCAAUCCCACUUGGUCUGAUUCCGAAGUAUCUAUUGACGGCUAUCAUUGUGUAAGAAGAGAUCGAACCACCUCCAAAGGUGGUGGUCUCAUUGUCUAUAUUCCUUAUGCUCUCAAUUUUAACAUUCGUUCUGAUAUUCAAGUUUCGGAUGAAUAUUACGAAAUAGAAUACUUGUGGAUUGAAUUCCUUUUCCAAAAUUCCAAAUCCAUUUUGGUUAAUUUUCUUUAA